AUGUGGCUGUCUCUGGCGAUCUGUUCCUUGGAGAGUGCCCCCCGCUGCGGCUCUGAGGCCUUUGAUGGGAUCCAGCUCCUGCGUCACAGGCGAGAAAAGCGGGGGCCGUGGGCUGAGCCUCAAGUGACAAGAGCGCAGGGAAGCCUCGGGGCUCUAGCACCCAUGCUCAGCCCCAGUGAGGCCCCAGAGGCCCAGAGCUUUGGCCUGCUGGACCCCAAACUCUGCUACCUGCUGGACGGGUUCCUCUUCAUCUACGGCGUUAUCAUCACCGCCUUCUUCCUGAGGGCCAAGUUCAGCCACAGUGGGGAGAGUCCCAUGUAUCCACAGGGUCAGAACCAGGUUUACAAUGAGCUCAGUCUUGGCCGAAAAGAGGAGUAUGACGUCCUGGACAAGAGGCGCGGCCGGGACCCCGAGGUUGGGGGCAAGCCGAGGAGGAAGCCCCACCAGGAAGGCCUGUACAAUGCCCUGCAGAAGGACCGCAUGGCCGAGGCCUACAGCGAGAUCGGCAUGAAGGGCGAGAACCAGCGCCACAGAAAUAAGAACCACGACGGCCUCUAUCAGGGGCUGAGUACGGCCACCAAGGAUACCUACGAUGCCCUCCACAUGCAGGUCCUGCACCCCCGCUAA